CUUGAACUUUAGGAGUUUUACAUUAAGAUCAUAAUUAUCACAUGACUAAGCACAUGAUUCAAAAGUCACAUGACUACGGCAGUACCUUGUAAACACUACAUCAUAUAAUAUAGGGUGAGCAAGUCACUUAAAGAGUUCAGUUACAAAUUCACCCUUUAGUCUUUUUAGUGCCUUGGCCAAAGAAUAAGAUAAAUCAUGGGCUUGAAAACUUUAUUUUUCACCUUCACCCUUUCAAUGCUUGUAAGUUUUACAGAAACUAGGUCGACGUACUCUAAAAGUUUUGUACGGCCCAUGUCUGUUGAGUUUGAAUCAGAAGUUAACCAGGAAGAUUUUCCACUAAAUGCUGGAAAUAGGCUCAAUUUAAACAAAAAAAUCGCCAAGCAGUCGCCACCAUGCUACAUAAAAAAAUCAAAUUUUUCAGAUGCCUCUCAAAUCAUUAAGUGAGUAUUUAAUUAUUUUUUUACGUUGGUAAACUUGUUAUUAAAUUAAUUAUGAUUAUCUACUAUUUAAAGUUAUAUGAUUAUACGACUUCACUUAACCAAUCCACUUAUGAUUGCAUGGCAUGUGAUAGGUAAUAAAAUUAUAGUUAUAUAGCGUAGUCAUGGGGCCUACAAGUACAAGGAGUAUGCAAUUAAUAAUUCAUCCUUACAAAGGCAUCAUUAAAAUUAUCAUAUUUUCACAGACAAUUUCAAUUGACAAUUUCAAUCACAAUCUUUUUUCUUUCCUUGUCAUGAGUUAAAAAGAAUAAGUAUGUACAGUUUAAAAAUAAAAUCUUCAAAAGAUCCAAGUUCAUCUGAUGUAUAUUAUUGUCUAACCUUUGCAACUUGAGUAGUAGCCUGACUUGAGCUGUAUUUUAUUUAAAGUGAGUGAGUUGCUCCCUUAGUCUUGUUCUUGCCUAUUUGAUCCAACGGCAAGACUUAGUCAAGACCGGAAAUAGACCAGGAUGCAGUGGGGGACCAGCAAUGUGUCUUGUGUGUUUCACUCUGCUCUUUGUGCAUUCUACAUUGCAGGAGUUGUCAGAAUUUACAUCAUGUCAGUGUCGUACCACCUACGGGACUCCAUCUCUUGGUUUGAUUUCAGAGUUUGCCUUCUCUUAGAGUAGUUAACCAUCCAAGAUUAACAAUAUUUUCUUUAAUAUCACAAAAGUUGACUACAGCCUUUCCGAUUCUAGCCCUGACAUCUGCUUCGGUUCCAUCAAUUAUGUCAAUGGUGCUGCCUAAGUAGUUUUCCUGGUACCCCAUCUUGCGUAUAGUCAUCUAGCCUCUAGCAGUAGGUAUUUUGCCCUGUAUGGUUCAACUGUAUAUAAAUUUUAUAGUAGGCCUAUAUAUAUAUAUACAGUAAAAUAGUAUUGAGUUUCAAAAGUUUGAAGCUUUGGUUACAGUAGGCGUAGGUUGCAUAAAAUAUUUUUGCUUUCAAGUCUUAUUCUGCAUAAAAAAGGAUUGAAACAUUGUUACAUUGAUGAGUACGCCAUUCAAGAUUCUGGGUAGUGUUAUGAGACUUUGUUUAACAUCAUUUUUGAAAUUUUGAGUGUACAGAGGGAAUUAUGCUAACAUUAUAUGCUUUAAUAUCUUAAUUAAACAUUAUUAAUUCUAAUCUAUGCUUUCCAUUUAUUAUGGUGUGGAAGAGAGCUUUAUGAUUAACCUAACUUGUAAUUUUUUGUUUAAAAAAUAUUAAUCCUUUGCUAUCUUCCACUUUAUUUUAUCCAAAUGAAUAAAAAGCUGAUGCAAUGAAAUAUGUCUGAAUAUAAACUUCUAAUUGAAAUAUACAGUGUAAAAUUUUUCAACUACAUUUAUAAAUUAGAUUAAAACAAUUUUUAUUCUCGAUAACUUUAUUUAUUUUGAAUUGACGUUUGAAUUUGAUAUAUUUCACCCAAGUAGCAUUUUAGUCAGGGGUCAGCAACCGCUUGUAAGCAUGCCAAAUGGGAUAUGCAACACACACAAAAAAUUCAGCAUCAGACAUAUUGAUGUAAUAUGGAAUGUAGUAAGAAUAAAGUUUUAAAGUGCUCAAUGCCGGAAACAUAAUCAGAUAAAUUUAAUAUUUGUUUUUGUCAGUUUCAAAUCAUUUAAAAUGAUAUUUAAUAAAUAAACAUACAUAAAAUGUCAUUAUUUACUAUUUAGAACAAGCAAGCGACCAUUUGAAGACGCUCAGAUUCUUGGUAAUUUGUCUGCUGCAUUUGACUGGCGAAAUGUAAAUGGUGUUAACUAUGUUAGCACCACCCGCAAUCAGCACAUACCUCAGUGUGAGUAUAGCAUACAAAUAAUAAGGCCUUGGAUAAGGGGUUCCCAAAGUGGAUGUCGACAUUAAAAAUAUUUUUGCUAAUCAUUCCAUGUUUGUUUAAAUAUCCUAUUUCACAUUGAACUUAGUCAAAUUUGGCAUAGGGUGCCUUUGGAAAACCUGGAAUCAGAGAGGGCACCAAGAAUCCAAAACUUUGAGGACUACUGCCUUAGAUGAUAAUUUUUUUUUUUUAAACCUCUUAAAUAAAUUAUUGAAUUUUUUAAAGAUUAAUUUUUUUAGAUAUUUAAAAAAAAAUAUAUUAUUCUGAAAGUGUCUAAAACCAAAUUAUUCUUGUUAUUGUUCAUUAUUCCAUUACAUGGUUGAGGCUUUCCUCAUUUGAAAUCAAAUUUAUAUCGUUUUAGAUUGUGGCUCAUGUUGGGCUAUGGGCUCAACAAGCUCUAUGGCAGACCGCAUCAACAUCAAACGAAAAGGUGCAUGGCCGAGUGCUUACCUCUCUGCUCAGGAAGUUAUUGACUGUGCAGAUGCAGGAAGUUGUCAAGGUGGUGAUGACAAACUUGUAUAUCGGUAUGCAAGUAAAGAUGGAAUUCCUGAUGAGACUUGCAACAACUAUCAAGCUCAGAAUGGGGGUCAGUUGUUGUUUUUUAAUUAUAUCAUCAUAUUUUAAACAUUUCUCUUUUAUUUUUGUGACUCAUAAAUUGUGUCACAAAGUCAAAUUUGUUUUGUUUGACAACCAAAUUAUAAUUUCUGCCUACAGCAUGUAAUGGAAUGAACAUGUGCAAGACAUGUAGUUAUGGGGGUAAAUGUGCUGAAGUCACCAGUUUUAAGAGGUGGAAGGUAUCCCAAUAUGGAGCUGUUGCAGGGCGGGAAGCAAUGAUGGCAGAGAUUCAAACUAAUGGCCCAAUCAGGUGAGGAUGAAAUUUUCCUUUAUGAUAUAGCUAACCAGUAUACCUGGCUUUGCUCGGGUUUGUGAUCAGAAAAAAUCUCAUAAGCGUUAUAAGCGAACACGUAGUUAAAAACACUUUUCUAAAGUAAAAUUUUCUUCUAUAAAAGACCAGAAUUGAUAAUUCUUGUAAAAAUUGAAUUUGUGUCCCAUCCCAUUUUGGUUAAUAUUUCUAAAUUUUAAGCUUGUCAGGUUUGUUGACAGACAUUCCGCCCAUGUGUCCAAACCAAUUAAUUUGUUGUUGAGCCAUAUAUACUAGGUGAUUGGGAUGACAUCAACCAUUUGUCUUAUUUUAUUUCCUGGUCCUGCAUGUAGUAUUUUUUUGUUUGGCCAGCAGCUCAUCUUAAAAAUCUAAUCUCAUAGGUAACAAGUGUUUUUUCUCAAGACUUUUAUUCAGAGCCUAAGAGUUUUGACACUGUAAAACUACUGAUUACCCAAAGUCAGUAAUAAAAUUUAGAAAUAAACUUACUUGAUUUGUCUUUAAAAAGGUUAUAAUAAAUGUACAACAUGUAAAUAAUUUAAUUUAAAAAGAAUAAUCUAAUACAGAGUGAAAGGGCUAAAUCAAAAAAUGUUGAUUCUCCCCUUACACUCACACAUGCACUAUAUUAUGAAGUGGGUAAUCAAAAUUUAUUAAAGUACACCCAUGAGUGUAAACCCCAAAGCACCUUUCUUCACGCCCCUGAACUAUGCAAUAAUUCUAGUGUACUAUUUUUUGAAAGCACAUGGAAUAAAUCUUUAUUCAAAAGUCAGUGAUUCGUCUAUUUUUGUAAAUAAUGCUAAUACACAGAGAUAAAAUUAAAGUAAAAGAUUUUUUUAUCUAGUUGAGUAUUAAAGGUAUAAGUAACCUACUAUAUAAAUAUAUAAGUUAUCAUGCAUAUAACAAUAUACGAUAUGGCACGACAUUUUAAUGGUAAAGGUGGAAUGGUAAUAAUGAAGGUAAAUGUAAGUUAAAUAAGUAUCAGGUACUUAUGCCCAUAUUGAGAAAAAUCAAAACUGCGACAUGCUUUGUGUCUGUAAAUGUGCAGUUUUAAUUGACCUGUAUAUUAUUAAUUAUUAUGGUAUUGGUGAACUUAACCAUUAACAAUUUCAACAUGUGUUUGUUGUUGCAUUCCAAAACAAGAAAGAAAAGAUAAUUUGCUGUGCAUUUAAUUUUGACAAAAGUUUUUUUGUUUUCUAGUUGUGGUAUUGAGGCUACAGAAGGCCUUGAUAAUUACACAGGAGGAAUUUACAAGGAGCAUAAACUUUUCCCCAUGGUAUGAUCAAUUUAAAGUACUUUUUCUUAUGUCCCUGAAGACCAUGAAAUGCAUUUGUUUUUUUAAAAGGAUUCUUUUUUUUUUUUUCUUCAAAAGACAGAAUGUCCCCAAUCAGUAAUCUAGCAUUAAGCCAAAAAAAUGAAAAUAAUGAUUCUUUUUUGUUUUUAACUUAAAUAUCGGUAAUAUCACUUUGUACAAUGUUCUAAUUUUUAAGACUUGGUUUUCUCCUCAGAUCAAUCACAUUGUUUCUGUAGCUGGCUGGGGAGUUGAAGAUGGUGUUGAAUACUGGAUUGUGAGGAACUCUUGGGGAACUUAUUGGGUAAAUGAGAUAUUGUUGUUUUUGUUUUGUGUUGCGUGUUGUCUGAUGCUAAAUGUUUUGUUUCAUGUUUUCUACUGGCUAAAUGAGGACUUGUUUUGUUUCAUGUUUUCUACUGGCUAAAUGAGGACUUGUUUUGUUUCAUGUUUUCUACUGGCUAAAUGAGGACUUGUUUUGUUUCAUGUUUUCUACUGGGUAAAUGAGGACUUGUUUUGUUUCAUGUUUUCUACUGGCUAAAUGAGGACUGUUUUAAUUUUCAACACUGCUUCAUUGGUUGAUUUAGUUGCAUCUAGGACUGCUUCAUAAAUUUUUGACUAUUCACACCAAAGAUAUCUAACAGUAACAGCAUUGAUGUGACUUUCCUAUCUCGUAUCACUGAGUGCUUUACAUUUAAAAAUGGACAUUUUGACUGCAGAAUUCCCCAUCUUAUUGUCGACACAGAAAAUAAUGUAUUAACCUCAUCAUAAUGUUGAAAAAUCAGGCAAUCUGGGAUGAACACUUCACUUUUAAGUGUGACUGCAGCAUGGACUAUAAAAUGAUCUGGAAAUUUUAUUGAGAAUGUGAGCCUGAACGCCAGUUCUAACACCUUUAAUAAUCGCACCAUUAUCUUAACUCUGGCCUCUGAUGUUGUCAACUGAUAAUUUAUAAUUUUCUAGAGCAUCCAUGAUCACCUUUUUUAACUCAAUUCCUGUUAAACCUUCAUCACAUGGACUUCAAGAAAACUUUAAUUUGUUUGAAUUUAUUAUAAAUUAUUAUCCAUACUUACUUAUCAAAACAGCAUUGAUAUGUUUUCCUGGUGGCUGAUGUCUUGUGUACAAUCAACAAUUGACUAUCACACAUUUUUGCAUCUAAUAAAAAAAAUUUGGUUUUUGUUGCAAUAGCCAUUCAAGUCAAUAAUUUCAUUCUGGAUGUCUUUUCCCAGGUAGUGGAUCCCAUCGUGACAGAAUUUUGUUUGUCUUUGGCUCUUAACAAAUGUUUCUCCAUAACUGGGCCGAAUGCUGCUAAAAAUUCUUAUAAUAAUUUUAAUUUUCCAUUAAAGUUAUCGUAAAGUAUGUCAGGAAAACCUCUGAAUGUCAGGUUUUGUGUUUGCCAUCAUCACUGUAAAGGAAAUUAAUCUUUCUUUAAACGUCCCAGUGUUUCACUUCCUUUUUCAGGUUCUUAUCCAUUAUGGUUUCCACUGAUGCUCGCUUCUGCAGUUGAUUUUUUAGUUCCACCCAUUUUCUGAAGCAGUCAAAAUGUUCAACACUUUGCUCGUGUCUUUUUAAAAUCUGUGAUAUGUCACAAAUCAUUAACACUAUUUCGAGCCAACAUAACAAGAUUCAAACCAAAUAUUUUGCAACAAAAACAAACUUUGUGGGACUUUUUUUAAUCAACUAACCACAAUCACUGAAUUCAUUCACCCUUAUCCAUAAUUUGGUGGAAAUGAUUAGAAAAACUUACAUUUUCAGAAACUGGUUCAAAUUUUCUUUCAUAUUGGCGGGUCCUUUAAUGACGGUUUGCUCAAUGAAAUCUUUGUUAACAGCUUUUGGCCACUUACUGAUAUCAUCAAAACUUAAUACAGUUGAAACUAAUGCAGUUGCAAACUGAAUUGUUGGACUUAUUUCAAUUGGAUCGACAGAGUCAUUCGCUUGGAACACACUUACAGAUUCUGUUUCAUGAGUCAAGCAUUUAUUGGACUAAACUUUCAGAUUCCACUUCAAAGUCUUGAACAAUGUCUAACUCAUUUUAUUAAGUCAGUUCCUGAUGACUUGGUUUAAUAAAACAAAAAACUCGAGACAUUUGAGUCUUCUUCAUUUGCUUCUCUUGUCACUGUAUUUUUUUUUUUUAUGUCUUUGCUUGUGCCGCUGGUCCUGUGUGUAAGUUUAACUAUAUUUUUUGCCAAUCAGGUACUAAAUGAACAUGCCAUUUUAAAUAUUUAGUUAAGAUGAUAGUUUAUUGUCAUGCCAUUUUAAAUAUUUAGUUAAGAUGAUAGUUUAUUAUCAUGCCAUUUUAAAUAUUUAGUUAAGAUGAUAGUUUAUUAUCAUGCCAUUUUAAAUAUUUAGUUAAGAUGAUUAGUUUAUUAUAUUACACUUAAUCCCUAUUUAGUACUCCUUUCUUGAUUGGUAAUAAAGUAAUAACACAAUAUAGUUUUUAUUAAUGGCAUGUUUUAAUAAGUGGUUUUUUUUGUUUUUCAGGGUGAACAAGGAUGGCUGAGAAUUGUGACCAGCAAAUAUGGUGGUGGAAAAUACAAUUUAGCUAUCGAGUCGGAUUGUGCAUAUGCUGAUGUCAUAGUUGACUAAAAACAUAUCGGAAUGUCUUUAAAGAUUUAAUUUUUCUAAGUAUAAUUUUUUAAAAAUAUUUUUAAUUUAAUUUUUAUGGCGUGAACAUUUCUACAUUAAAAUUUGAAGUAUGCGUAUCACAUUUUUUGGCAAACCAGUUAUUGGCUUUUUAGAAUUUGGUUUUAAACGCUUAUCAGUGUUUAAAAUUAAGUCCAAACUGUUCUGCACAGCAAGAUGAAAUUAACAGGAUAUUAUUCAUUCUAUUAUUUUAUUGAAACAUCCCCAUUUUUAUGUAAGUCAAAAAACUUCUUUCAUUAUUUGAAGAUCUGUAUAUAGAAGAACGAAUAUUUUUUUUAUUUCGUAUUUGAAUUUUUUGCUCCACAGAUUACUUGAAAAAUGCUCAUGUUACAUUCGAUUUCAAGAUUUUAAAAAUUAUUUUUAAUCUGUAUGUACUGUAUUGUCAGGUUAAACGUUUUAUUUUAUUAUAUUGCAAAAUAGUUAAAUUGAGUUUUAAAACAAAUACCGGUAGUGAAACAAAAGCUCUGUCAUUAAUUAUUUGAACUUUCUGGUUAUAUUAUUUAGACUUGUAAUCUUUGUCUGUGAAGUUAUAAAUGGUGAAAUGAAUUGUUUUUUUUUAAUUUGAAAAAAGGGCUUUCAUAUUAUGGAGCUUGCUUUAGUCUUUGCCUACAGUUCAAAGCCAUUUUAUAUGGUUGUUUCUCAUUUAAAUGUUUACAAUUUAAAUGAUCUACACAGAUGUCUUUUCAAAAGUCUCCAUAUUCUUAAAACUUUUGUUUUUGUAUUUCAAAUAACUAUCAAAUUAUUUUCAUUAGGUAAAUUAAAAUGGAAUAUUGAUCCGUAGAUGCUAAAAACUUGUACUACUCAUGUGAUGGGUUAGAUAUAAAACAUUUUCUUUUUUGAAUUUUUCUAUGUUGCAUUUAUCUUUAUGCAUUGGGAAAUAUUUUUAGACUGAACAUUGCAUGAUAUAGGUUUUCUUGUAUUUCUAUGCAGCUGAAAUUAGGACUUUAAAUUUCAAUAUUUACCAAUUUAAACUAAUUCUGAGAAGUAAAAUGUUUAAAUAAGUUUAAUUGUUGAGAUUAGGUUAAAUUAUUCAGAUUAGGUUAAAUUAUUCAGAUUAGGUUAAAUUCUUCAGAUUAGGUUAAAUUCUUCAGAUUAGGUUAAAUUCUUCAGAUUAGGUUAAAUUCUUCAGAUUAGGUUAAAUUCAAUAAUACGUCAGAGGAUAUAAUUUGAUUCAUAAAUAUGAACCCAUGUAACAUCAGAUGUCAAGAUUUCAAAGUUGUUCUUUCUUUCAUUUUAAAACAUUAUUUUAUUACAAGUUCACUAUUUUAAAACAUCAGAUGUCAAGAUUUCAAAGUUGUUCUUUCUUUCAUUUUAAAACAUUAUUUUAUUACAAGUUCACUAUUUUAAAACACAUUAAGGCCACAAAUGAAAAGAAUUUAAAAUAUUGUUAAAAUAUAAAAUGUUGAAACACAGCGGAACAAACCUGAGACGGAAAGUGCUUUGUGGUCAUAUAUCUCGUUACAUGGUAUUGAACUUGGUAUGUUCGUGGGUAUUAAAGGAAAAGUGUAACAAGAUUAAGCAUCUCAGAAUUAAGAGAGCUUAUCGAGAUUACUAUCUCCUGCUUUUAGGUGCCUGCAGCAGUCGCGUCUAUACGGUGGGGGGUGGGGGAAGAGAGAGAGAGCCGCUUCAACAAUGAGUAACAAAAUAUUGGUAAGGGGGGGAAAAAACUCCUUUAUGGGUUUUGAACUGUCUUAAAACCAAGAGUAUGAUAAAGACAGUGACCUCUUGUAUGACUAGAAAAUUAAUAAAGUUAUGUUUUCAAACAUCAACCUCCCUGUCCCAAAUAAAUAUUGUAUAAUAAUAAAAAUAAUUUCUGUUGGACAGUUCCAGAGGAAGGAGGUGUCAUUACGUAGAUAAUAUCAAUGGUAAAAAGCAUGGAAAGUUUUAAACCUGUAGCUAUAAUACUUUUCCUCCUGAAACAUUUCGCAUUCCUGAAAAACGCAAAGUUGAGAAAACCGAAAAAGAUUUUUUUAAAAACAUGAACAAUAUAGGGCGCAUAUACCAUGUACAUGUACCAUUCAUAAAUGAAAAAAACACAUAAAAACACAGAUAUAAAAAUAAAAUAUAGAAAAUUAAUAAACUCGUGUUUUCAAAAUAUCACAUCCGUCACAAAGUAAAAUAUUGCAAUAAACAAAAAAGAAUUAACAAAUUUCUGUUGGACAGUUCCAGAGGAAGGAGGUGUUAUUAAGUUAUUAUGUAGAUAAUAUCAAUGGUAAGAAGCAUUGAAAGUUUGAAGCCUGUAUCUGUUUUUACUGUAAUACUUUUCUUCCUGAUACAUUUCACAUUCAUGAAAAAUCUUAAAAACUCAGUUGAGAAAAACAAAAAGAUUUUUUUUUGAAUUAAAGACUAUUUGAACAAUAUAGGAUGCAUACAUUACCAUUUACAUGAAUCAUUCAUAAAAUAAAAAAUACAAAAACACAGAUAUAAAAGACAGAGAAUUAAUAAAGUCAUGUUUUCAAAAGAACAACACCACUUCCAAAUAAAAAUAUAAUUAAAAUAAAAAUAACUUUUAAAUCCCUUUUGGACAGAUGCAGAGGAAGGAGGUGUCAUUAUGUAGAUAAUGUCAAUGGUAAGAAGCAUGGAAAGUUUGAAUUCUGUAGCUAUAAUACUUUUUUCACCUAACUCAACUGGCUUCCCUCAAAAAUCUGAAAAACAU